AUGAGCGCUUCGGGUGUCGAGACCCCUACCGAGCUCGUGGUGGCUCCAAUGCCCACCCCGCAUAACGCUUGCACUCUCCCCACCUCCCAGACCGUAUGGCUAACCGUUCGUUCUGCUGCGAUCUUCAGGUUCGGUGAGCAUCUUCGCUCCUCGAUGAUCAAGGAGUACCAUCCUUACUACAUCGCCUACGACGAGCUCAAGAAGUCUCUCAAGACCAACUUUAUCACCCAGCCGACCCCGGAGAACCCCAAGCCCGACCGGGAGGAAUGGACCGAGGACGAUGAGCGAAAGUUCGUCACGUUGCUCGAGAGUGAGCUGGAGAAAGUUUUCCUCUUCCAGAAGCGCAAGUCCGAAGAGAUCGUCGGCCGCAUUCAAGCCAGUGAGGUCGACGUCAAUGACGUGGUCGCGCGUCUUGAGAAUGUGACUGGCGCGCGCCGCCAGAGCAUGCACCCGGCCCAACCGCCUCCCACCGACGACGACUUCCUCCUGUUGGAGCAGGUCCUCUCCGACAUCAUCGCCGAUGUGCAUGACCUGGCCAAGUUCACCCAAUUGAACUAUACCGGGUUCCAGAAGAUCAUCAAAAAACAUGACAAACAAACCAAAUGGUAUUUGAAGCCCGUCUUCGCCGCUCGUCUGAAUGCCAAGCCCUUCUUCAAGGAUAACUACGAUGCCUUUGUGGUCAAGCUCUCCAAGCUCUAUGAUUUGGUCCGUACCAAGGGGAACCCGGUCAAGGGCGACUCCGCCGCCGGUGGUACGCAGCAGAACUUUGUCCGCCAGACCACCAAAUACUGGGUCCAUCGCGAUAACAUCACCGAGCUGAAGCUGGUCAUCCUCAAGCACCUACCCGUCCUGGUUUUCAAUGCCAGCAAGGAAUUCGAAGAGAAAGACACCGCCAUCUCCUCCAUCUAUUAUGAUAACCCCGAUACCUGGGAACUCUACCAGGGUCGACUGAAGAAGACCGAGGGGGCCGAAGCGAUCCGUCUGCGCUGGUAUGGAGGCAUGGAGAGCGAUCAGAUCUUCGUGGAGCGGAAGACGCACCGGGAAGAUUGGACUGGUGAGAAGUCGGUCAAGGCCCGAUUCGCGCUCAAGGAGAAGAACGUUAAUGCCUUUCUGGAUGGGCGCAUGACCGUCGACCAGGUCUUUGACAAGAUGCGCAAGGAGGGCAAGAAGAGCCCGACCGAGAUCGAUGAUCUGGAACAACUCGCCCGGGAGAUCCAGUACCGUGUGAUCACCCGCCGCCUCGUUCCCGUCACUCGCACUUUCUACCACCGGACCGCGUUCCAGCUGCCUGGUGACGCCCGUGUGCGGAUCUCGCUUGACACUGAACUGACCAUGAUCCGCGAGGAUAACCUGGAUGGCCGCCGCCGUGCGGGCAGCAACUGGCGUCGCAUGGACAUCGGUGUUGACUUCCCCUUCUCGCAACUGCCCCCCGAAGAUAUCGACCGCUUCCCUUACGCCGUGUUGGAGGUCAAACUGCAGACCCAGGCUGGUCAGGAGCCGCCGCAGUGGAUUCGUGAUCUCACAGCGAGCCACCUGGUCGAGGCGGUGCCCAAAUUCAGUAAAUUCAUCCACGGCACGGCCACUCUCUUCCCCACUCGUAUCAACCUGCUGCCCUUCUGGUACCCUCAGAUGGACACCGACAUCCGCAAGCCGGUGAACGCCCGUUACGGUAUUCAGCGCCCGCUGGCGAGCACCUCGCUUUCCGCCAAUGAUGAAGACUCAGACGAUGACGAAACUCCCCAGGCCGAGAACAGCCACUCCAAUGGGCUGGCCUAUGAGAUCACCGACGACGGAUAUCUCUUCACUGAGACGAAUGGCAACGAGCUGGACAUCGAAGAGCGCAUUGCCGCUCAGCCAAUCCCCGGCGACGAAGACUACCCGCUGUACGACUCGGAUGAUGACGACACCGUUGACUCGGAUGAACUCGAAGAAGCCCGUCGCGUCGGCGGCGCCUAUUAUGCCGAGCAACUGGCCAAGUAUUACAUCCGCAAGACCGGGGGGGCCAUUGCCCAUGGCCUAUGGGCCCUCAUCCCCCGACCUCGACCAACCUCCAUGCCACCACCCGAACAGCGCGGCAUUCAAGUGCUCGGCACGCAGCGCACGCUGAAGCGCUUCCAGGCCCCCGCCGGCAAGCGCAUCUUCGUGCCGGUGCGUGUCGAACCGAAGGUGUACUUCGCCGCGGAGCGCACGUUCCUCUCCUGGCUGGAGUUCAGCAUCAUCCUCGGAGGCAUUGCGGCCACGCUGCUUAAUUUCGGAUUCGACUCUGUCACGCUCGCAUCCGCAUGGGCCUUUACCAUUCUCGCCGCUGUCGCGCUGGUCUACAGUCUGAUGCUGUAUAUGUGGCGUGUGGAUAAGAUCCGCAAGCGCCGCGAUGUCAAGCGCGUCUACUAUGAGAAGUGGGGGCCCACGGUUGUCAGUGUCGGCCUGGUCGUAGUUGUGUUGGUGAACUUUGGCUUACGAGUCCGCGCGGGUGGCUUCAUGGCUGGCAAGGUCCCGCUGGAUGGGCGGCCCAGACAUGGUGAUGAGCUGUAA